AUGGUGUACGGCUCAAAUAUGAUCGAGAAAGCUGGUAGUAGCUUAGACAUUACUCUCAAACUCUGUCUCGCGCGCUCUUCCGUGGCGAAGAAAACCCCGAGGAGAUCGAAGAGCAAGAUUAAGAGCACUUGCUCCUCGAAGGAAAAUUUGAUCCACCAAAACCUCCCUGCAGACACCUCGGCUGUGUGGAUCCGUGGCAAGGAUCUCAGUGAAGAAAUCAUCCUCGAAGCCCACCGGAUUAUGACCUACAAUGUACGCCGAAACUGUCCCUUGGGUGGAAUACGAACGAAGGCCAUGUUCCACGAGCUUAAGUGCGACCUGAGACAAGCUACAACACAUGAAACAAUCGACCCUAUCGCCUUGGCUUCAAAGUAUGCUAAUAUCGUCGUGAACAUCCGUCCGUUUACUGACGGCAACGGCUGA